AAACGCCUCCGCUAGGUGUCGCCAGAGCUCCGGCUCUCGUCCCCAUCCCUUCACUGUUGUGACUGGAGGGAGUCCCCCAAUCCCGCUCACGUACUGCAUCGCCAGUCAUCAGACAGACUGUAGAUGUCCCGUCCCGUCUGCAGCAGUCUGCCUCAGCACCUUGCCUGCCCGACAUGCCCUUGGAUAUUACCGGCCCUCCUCUUGCGAGAAACUGCUGUAGAGACGCAGAAGCCGCUGAACAGUAAACAGGACAUCGCGGCGGGACGGAGCGUACCUGGAUUCUUGACACUUUUACAACCGCGUCUGACCUAAAGGAUUUUUGAGUCGGUCUAUACUUUUUUUUUUUUUUUGUCGUUGUACCGACUUCUCCCAAAUCGACGUGUAUGGAUGUAUCAUGGCUACGUUUGCGUGCAGGGUGCAGUUCUUAGAUGAUACCGAUCCAUUUAACAGCACAAAUUUCCCCGAGCCGACCAGACCCCCGCAUUUCACGUUCAGAGAGGAUAUUCCGCUCAUCAAUCAGAUCGCUGGAGUUCACAGACUUCUGAAAGCCCCGCACAAGCUCGAUGACUGUGCUUUACAGUUGUCUCAUAAUGGCAGUUAUCUGGACUUGGAGUCCACCUUGGCCGAGCAGAGAGAUGAACUUGACGGCUUUCAGGAGGAUGGAGGGAGAGGAAGAAAGCACAGUAUUGUCCUGAGAACACAGCUGUCUGUCAGGGUCCAUGCCUGCAUAGAAAAGCUCUACAAUUCGACCGGACGCGAGCUGCGAAGAGCGCUAUUCUCUCUCAAGCAAAUCUUUCAGGAUGAUAAAGAUCUGGUGCAUGAGUUUGUGAUGGCAGAAGGACUCACGUGUCUUAUUAAAGUUGGAGCCGAGGCUGAUCAAAACUACCAGAACUACAUCCUCAGAGCUCUUGGACAAAUCAUGCUGUAUGUGGAUGGAAUGAAUGGGCUUAUUGGACAUAACGAAACUGUGCAGUGGCUUUACACACUGGUCGGAUCAAAGUUCCGGUUGGUUGUUAAAACUGCUCUGAAGCUGCUGCUGGUUUUUGUGGAAUACACCGAGACCAAUGCACCUCUCCUCAUCCAGGCCGUCAACGCCGUGGACACCAAACAAGGUUGUAAGCCCUGGUCCAAUGCCAUGGAAAUCUUGGAUGAAAAAGAUGGAAUGGACACUGAGCUGUUGGUUUAUGCCAUGACCCUUAUCAACAAGACAUUAGCUGGCCUACCCGACCAGGACACGUUCUAUGAUGUGGUUGACAGUCUGGAGGAGCAGGGCAUGGAGGCCGUGGCUCAGAGACACAUCAGCAGGAAGGGCACAGACCUGGACCUAGUGGAACAGUUCAAUAUCUAUGAGGCAACCCUACGCCAUGAAGACGGCGAUGAUGAGACUCAGCCUCCUCCAUCCGGACACAAGAGUCGGCGCCGGGCCAGUGUAGGAGCCACACCUGAGAGACGCGGUUUGGAACGACGCCGCAGCCGAAGACAUUCACUCCAGAACGGGAAAGGACAUACCUCUGCUCCUUCUUCCCCGUGUCACAGCCACACACCCAACAUCCUGCCCCUCAAUGGCCAGAGGAUAGACGAUAUCAGCGAAAGAGAGGAGGAAGAGGAGGAAAAGGAUGAGGAGCUUCAGAAAACAGAGCUCUCUAGACAGGCAUCCGAAAGUCUGUCAGAUGUUAGAUACUCAAACACAUCAUGCAGUUCAUGUGGCAGCACUGGCUGCGCAGGUACGUAUCCUGGCAGGUCAUCUGGGGUAUCCAGUGCCCCCUCCACACCCUACAACCGCUUCGGUCCCUCAGGAGGUUCACCUGCAGAAAAUAAGCUCGACAGGCCAACUCUGGGUGGAUUGUUGACUUCUUCCUACAGGCAACAUCAGGAGUCUCUGAAUGCUGAACGUGAGCGGAGGCGCCUGGAGAGAGAGGAGAGACUUCAGCGCAUUGAACGAGAGGAGAGAAACCGCUUCAAUCGCGAUUAUGUGGAAAAGAGAGAAGAGGUCAAACAAGCUCGAGAAGAAAGAUAUAAGCAAUUGGAGCGGCUGGCAGCGGAGGAAAAUGAAAGGGAACGGCCGAGGACGUCACGGGGGCGAACAGAAAUCACCCUCAGCUUGAGUUCACGAACCUCCAGCAGCUCCUUGUCUCGUUCUGCCACCCCUUUGACUGUAGAGGCUCAAGAGGAUAAACGUUCUGUCCCACAUCCAGCGCGAGGAACUGAGGCUGAAACAAGCUGUCCCGUGCAGGCAACAGUUGCAUGGCCUUCCUCAGAGCCUCCCUCAGCCUCCGUGUCUGCGCUGGUCCAGCCCUCCAAACCAGACGAGGAACAGAAACCUUUGGAACCAUCAGACAUCACGCUCUGUCUGUCUCCAACAAACUGUGAGCCAGAGAGGCCUGAGACAGAGGAGAAAGCAGAGGAAGGUGAAGCCGAAGAGCGUAUGCAACUGGCAGUGAGUGGAAUGAAAGAUGAAAAGAAAGAAGAAGCAGAAGGAAACUUUGAGGAAGAGACUAAUGAAAUAGGUACAGAGGAGUGUGUGAGAGAGCAGAUGUUAGAGAGGGAUGUAGAGGAGAGUGCCGUCCUGAGUGAGAAAGAGAGGCAGAACGAGGAACUGAAUGAGAAAGAUAACUGCUCCGCCUCCAGCAUCUCCUCAGCCAGCAGCACUCUGGAGAGAGAAGAACGAGAGGAGAAACACGUCAGUGACAGCGAUUCAGGCCAGUGGACAGACUGUAUGAAUACAUCGGAUGUGAACGAUCAGUGCAACAAAGUUCUUAACAGCAAACGCUUCAUGCUGGACAUGCUUUAUGCUCAAAACAAGAAGGCAGAAGAAGAUGAGAAAGAAAAGGAGAAUGAGAAAGAGUGUUCAGGUCAGGACUCCUCUGUGACCAGCCUUGCUUGUCGCAUCUCCACUCUGGAAGCUCGUCGGCAAGCUUGCGACGACAACAUGAAGAAACUGGAUGUGGAGCAUCUGGAUAACCAGGGUAGCGUACGGGCUGUGGCUGAGAAAUUUGGAGAUUUGGUGAAAGGACUGGUAUCGCCUCAUGAGGUAGAGCAUUCUGGGAAGGAAAAGCAGCAAGCACAGGAAAAACCUCCGCCGGCUCCUUCACCAACACCCCCUUAAAAGGAGUCAGACCACAUAUGGGACCAGUUGAUGGCCACACCACGGGAGCUACGUAUCAAAGAGCUGGACUUCACGGACUUGGGAGAGGAGGAUGAUGUAGACAUUUUGGAUGUUAGUAAUGUGAUCGGGUCAAGUGACCUCACGCCUCCUCCUCCCCCGCCUCCCUGCUUGCCCAACCUUCCACCCCCGCCACCUUUAUUUGGAUGCCCUCCACCUCCACCUAUCCCUGGCAUGAUGAUGCCCCCUCCGCCGCCUUUUUUAGCUUCAAUACCUCCCCCACAUCUCGGGUCUCCUCAGCUUAAUCGAGGAGAGCCCCCGCUCUUCCAGAAGAAGAAGAAGACCAUCCGGCUGUUUUGGAAUGAGGUCAGACCUAUAGACUGGCAGUACAGCAACCACAAGAGAUGCAGGGAGUCACUGUGGUCCAAACUAGAUCCGGUCAAACUGGACAUAGCUAAGUUGGAAAACCUCUUUGAGACGAAAUCCAAGGAGCUCCCAGUUACAAAGAAAACGGCAGCAGAUGGGAAGCGUCAGGAGAUCAUCGUUCUAGAUUCCAAAAGAAGCAAUGCCAUCAACAUCGGCCUGACGGUCCUGCCUCCUCCUCGAACCAUCAAAACAGCCAUCCUCAACUUUGACGAGUACGCCUUGAGCAAAGAGGGCAUAGAGAAAAUCCUGACAAUGAUUCCUACGGAGGAGGAGACGCAGAAGAUUCAGGAGGCCCAGCUGGCGAACCCCGACACUCCGCUGGGCAGCGCAGAGCAGUUCCUCCUCAUUCUGUCCUCCAUCAGUGAGCUGUCCGCCCGCUUGCAGCUUUGGGCCUUUAAGAUGGACUACGACGCUUUAGAGAAGGAAGUAGCAGAGCCACUGCAGGACCUGAAGGAGGGCAUGGACCAAUUAGAAAAGAAUAAGACGCUGCGCUGCAUCCUUUCAACUCUGCUAGCUAUUGGCAACUUUCUCAAUGGGACCAAUGCUAAAGGCUUUGAGCUGAAUUACUUGGAGAAAGUUCCCGAGGUGAAGGACACUGUUCACAAACAGUCUCUACUGCAUCACGUCUGCUCCAUCGUCGUGGAGAAGUUUCCAGAGAGUUCAGACCUCUACUCUGAGAUUGGAGCCAUCACUCGCUCUGCUAAGGUUGACUUCGACCAGCUGCAGGAAAACCUAUGUCAGAUGGAGCGCCGCUGCAAAGCAUCCUGGGACCACCUGAAGGUCAUCGCCAAACACGAAAUGAAACCAGCCCUAAAGCAGCGCAUGUCAGAAUUUCUGAAAGACUGUGCAGAGAGAAUAAUCAUCCUCAAAAUUGUGCAUCGUCGAAUCAUAAACAGGUUUCACUCGUUCCUGCUGUUCCUGGGCCACCCGCCGUAUGCCAUACGAGAGGUGAGCAUCCAUCGCUUCAGUAAGAUUCUGAGUGAAUUUGCACUUGAGUACCGCACCACCCGAGAGCGAGUGCUGCAGCAGAAACAGAAACGAGCCAAUCACCGCGAGAGGAACAAGACCCGUGGCAAAAUGAUCACAGAGAGUGGGAAGUUUGCAGGAACUCCUCUGGAGGGUCAGGAGAGUCAGCCGCAGGGUUUGGGCUACACGGAGGACGCGGCUGAACAUGAGCAGAUGACUGCAGUACUUCGCACCAGCCUGCAGGGCGGCGACAGUCCGUCCUCUGUGCUCCCCGGCCUCCGCACACGGACUCGAGCCAUUCGAGGCCAUACGGCACUUUUGUCCGCUGCAAAUGAAGACGCUUCUAAUUGCACAAAUGAUACAGCGGAUGAGAUCAUGGAACGCAUUGUGAAAUCAGCCACUCAGGGCCCCGGUCAGCGCACACAGCCCCGUGAGAGGAGACGCUCCAGAGCCAACCGCAAAUCCUUAAGAAGAACACUGAAGAACGGUCUUACACCGGAGGAGGCGCAGGCGCUGGGAUUGGCCGGCAGCUCUGAGAUGCAAGUGUGAGACGGCAUCCGCUCAGGGUCUCGGCACACAUCUAAACACGAAUGAGCUGGAACGGGUCACUUUAGCUCGAGUUUGCUUUCAUCUGGAGCGGGCGCAUGUUUCUGGGUUUGUGUUUUAUGACGGUUUUUUGCUGUGGACUAUUUGUAUUCUCGCAGGUGAAAGGGAUUAUAAUCACUAACCCGUUAUACUUUACUUAUCCUGGGACGCGUAGUCAGACCUUACUCCAUUUACUAGCUUAUGCAUUUUGUCCCAAGGUGGUCUAAGAGUAUCAUUAAAACCACUCAGGUGCAUGUUCACUCUUCCUGCGGACUGUUACUGAUAUCCCGAACAUCCAUUUUAAUGCAUUUUUGAAAGAGAACAAGCACAGUUGCGGUGCACCUUCCUGAUGCACAGCAUAUAUAGACACGCACACACACACACACACACACACACAGCUUGCAGAAUGCUGAUCGUCCAGUUCUCCAGUACAGAGACAAAUGUCCGUCUCUUACCGCUGUGGCCUUCAGAAUGAUCCCAAAGAACUGUGUUUGAAGAUGAUUGGACGCCCUCUCGUUGUUUUCGUUUGUACCGGCUGAUUGGUUGAAUUCAGGUGGCAUUGGUAGUAGCACCUUCAGCGUUCAUAUCUCGUGUGAAUCAGCAGCAGUUCUUCUCUGGUUUGCUGCUGUGGUAAAACGUGUUUGUGUUUAAAAAAAAAAAAAAAAAAAGCAGGGCUUCUUAUUUUACACGUCCGAUGAUAUGUUGAAGUUGAUUUCUGCUGAAGUCUCCUUGUGUGAUUAAAAAACUGUUUCGCUUUGAUACAGACGAUCAAAUGACUUUGCACACAAAUGCGAACCAACUAGAAAAUCGUCUUUCCUUUUUUUCCUCUAGCUGUGUCAUUUCCUCAUACGUUAUCUCUCUGUAGUAAUGCAUUCAUUUCGUAACUUGCAACAUGCACAAGUAGGCAAUCAUCUAUUUAAUAAAAGGACUUUUAGCCAUAUUUGGUAAAAAAAAAAUUAUAAUUAUGGCAUUAUAAAAACGAGUGCCUUGAAGAAAUGCGUUUUUGUAAGAAUUUGAUUAUUUGGUCGGGAGAGGAAUGAAGAGAGAAUGAUUUUUAGGGCGAAUCUGGAAAUUUUGGAUGUAAAUUUGUUCUUUUGAUCAAGUUAAAACUUUAAAAUUCGCUGUUUGAAUGUUAUAUUACGACUUUAAAUUCUAGCCCAAAUUCAUAGCCGUGGACUACUUGUUUCUAAACAAUGGGUCAGAGUCCGUGGACGUAUGGGAAAGAGCUGCAAAACGACAUUUUUACAGACCCACAACAGUCAUAUUGGUUCAAAUACAGAACGUUACGAUUGUGUAGCAAUCAAAGAGUCGAUGCGACGUUUGCAUUUUUUUUUUUUCACUGCAAUAAAUUUGAUCAAUCUGCUUUUUUUUUCUGGAAAUUUGACAGGUUUACCAGAGAGAGACACAUGUCCACUGUCAACAAUAAUAGUACCAUUCAGCACCUUAUCAUGUGUAGCAUGCAAUUUCGAAAGGAAUUGAAAAAUCGAGUAUUAUAGAGACUUUUUUUUUCACCUUUUUCCCUCAGAUUUUUACUCUGAGUAUUAUGUGGAUAAGAGAUUAGAUACGUGUAAAGUAGAACCUUGAUGUAGAGGCUAAACAUGAGACAGAUGCUGUACAAUUGUGUAAAUGUCACUUCAACGUUUUUAUUUUUUGUCGUGUUCAUGUUUUUGUUUGUAUUUUGUAUAGAAUAGUGUAUUAUAAGUCAAAAGCAGUGUUAUUCUGUGAAAAUUCUAAUUUAAGAGAAAAUAAGCCAUGCAUGGUUCAAACAAUAACAAUAUCGGCAGGCGAUGUCUUUAUUUUUGGCUAAACGGAUAGAGCCUGUGGCGUCUCGAUACCCUGUGAACGUAGAUUUUGUUUCAUGUGUUUACGCAGCACAGACUUGAAACACUGUCAUGCACCCAUCAGCCCUGCUCAAAUGGCCUUUGAUAUUAUUGCACUCGCAUACAGAAUUUCACCCAUUGCUUCAAGUGCCAUAAAAUGUUGGUUUAAAAAAAAAAAGAUCGAGAAUGUGAAAAUUUGACUUCUAAAUUCCAAAAGGAAAAAGCAUUUACUGUACUUUGCAAUAAAAAGCUUUUACAGCAACACCCAGAA